CCAGCUUGAAAAUGCGUCGUAAUAAUGAAAAGCUGCUUGCCGGUGAUUUCAUAUGUACAUACAUACAUAGAAGCAUAGGGCUGCAGCAACACGAAGGAGCAGUCAUGGCAACCGUUGCCUGUUGUGGCCAGCGGCUUGUUGGGCAACAACGAAGAGUUAAAAGGAUACCCAGAAACAAGUAUAAGAGAUGACGCUCUAUUUUGAUACAAAAAUUGAGUUCCUGGACUCGGAUGCAGUGAGCACCAUCAGCAGCUGGCAUCCCAAUGAACCACUCUUCGCGGUGGCCUCCUACAGCCAGGAGCGCGGAGGCAGUGUGACCAUAUUUGCGGAUACAGGAGAACCACAACGGGAUGUCACUUAUCCAGUUCACGCCACCUCACAAGCAACUGCUAUGUGCUGGCAUCCAGAGAAGGCGCUGCUAGCCACGGGCUGGGAGCAUGGUGAUAUACAUGUCUGGUUCGCCGGCCAUCGCGAAUUCGCCAGCGUCAGCGGACCACACAAGGCGCCAAUUGUGUUGCUGGAAUUCAGCGAACAAGGCGGCCGCAUGGUUACUGCGGAUGCAAUGGGCCUGGUAACAGGUUGGCGCUGUGAUGGCCAAUAUCAGUUUCUCACUAUGUUCUCGCACGAUCUACGCGAGGCCUUGCUGCUAAUCUGCUUCCGUCGCACAGUCGAAAGCGAGGUGCGCGAGGAGAUGGCGAGUCUUGCCAAGGCGGCGGUAGCAGGCGACGAGAAUGCGCUAGAUACGCUCACCAAUUGGCGACCGCGCACAGCUGCUCGCGGUCACUCGGGCGUGCGAGACAAUCACUGCUUCUAUGCGUGCACACAGGGCGGCGUUGCCUACUAUAUUAAUCAAGGCGGGAACUGCAGCGAAGUACUGAAGGGCGGAACACAUCAGCCAUGCAUCAUGCAAAUGCUCUGGCAUCCCAAGAAGGAUGCAGUCAUUUGCCUACUAGACGAUUUGACUAUCAUGCUAUACCUGGUCGAGUCUACGGGCAUUUUGACGGAGUUGGAUCGGGUAAAGCUGAGCGGUCGAGGCACGAGCAAGCAUGGUGCCAUUGCUUGGGCGGGCAACAGCUUGGCCAUAAUCACAGGCGAUUUGUCCGUGCGCAUCUGGGACAUUGAGCGCAGUGAUAAUUACCUGCUCAAAAUGGAUCUGCCCAGCUCCAGUGUGCAGAGUGUGGGAUCCUCGCUGCCUAGCUUAGGCAAUGGACUGACCGGCACCUCCUCAUCCAACAACAAUGGGUUCUUCAACCAGGAGAGCAGCGUGGAGAGCAACAGUAACAAUAAUCUGCCACGCAAGAUGUCAAAGUAUGCGCAGCUAAGCUCAAAUGAGAUUUUCACUUGCCUCGCAUACAGCAACAGCAAUCAGACCCUGUGCGCAGCCACCAAUCUGGGCAACUUGUAUACUUGGAAGCGCACAGUUAGCUGUUUUGUCAGCGCUCCAGAGGAUGCCUGGCAGCUGGGCAGCAUUUCCUCACUGUCGCGUCAGGGUGCGAUCAAAAGCUGCACCUGGGGUUACAACGAGCUGGCCAAGCCCUGCAUUCUAGUCAAUUGCUUAUCGAGCGUGUUUAUGCUCAAAGAGCAACCACUUCUCGCUUGCCAUACUCGCAGUCUGUGGGCAGUGCAGAGCUCGGCAAAGUGUGUCCAGCUGACGCACUGCAGCGGACGCCAGUGCGCAGUCGAAGUGGACUUUGCGGUGACUGCGCUGGCUCUGAAUGAGCUCAGCCUGGUCGUGAGCAAUGGACGCUCCAUAUCAUCCUACAGUCUGCAGAAGAUUGAGAAGAGCCUGGAUGAAUUCGAUGAGAUUCUGGAAGCGUCCGGCGCGGGUUCCACGGCAUCUGUGAAGAGCUCUCCGGCAUUGAACGUGAGACUGAUGCAAACCUUCGUCGCCGAGUGUCUGAACUUGUGCCUGCACAAUCAAAACAUCUUUUGCCUAAGCUCCAGCGAUAUAGUCAUCUAUUCCGUUGGAGGCGUUGUGCUCCAUCGAAUUCUAGGCAACGAUAUAGAAGGCAAAAUCAUUGGCAUGGACCUGACUGGCUGCUAUCUCUCCGUAUUCACAAUGAAUGGCUAUGUAAAGGCGUACGAUGUAACCCGACAUGAUCCCAAGUUGUUGUUUCCCAGCAAAUCGGGACACGAGAUCUUCGAUGACUUCGGCGAGUUCAUUUUGGUCAAAUGCAAUAGCUUGGGCAGCCACCUGGCGCUGGUGAUCGCCAACAGCAGCUUUACUCCGUGCGCUGCUAUUUACUGCUGGGACUUUGAGCGCAACAAUCUCUUCGAGCAUGAUUUGGUCAAGCUUGAGUCGGAGAACAGCAGCAAGUCAAGUCUUGCUGUGCGACUUUUCUGGGAUACGGAGGAGCCACGCCUGCUGGCUGUUGAGAUCAAGUCGAUGGUGAUGCAAGCCCAAAAGCCCAGCCGACAACAACCGACUCCCACCCAUUACGUGGAGUCGCAGGUGCUAGUCAUGUUCUACUCAGAGAAGAACGAAUGCAAACUGAAUGUGCUCGAAACGCAGGCAAUGAGCUCCGGCGCACAGCUGCUAAAUCUGUGCGUGCCCAGCGUUGUCUGUAUGCAGGUGAAUGCCGUGCAAGAGCAGCCGCUGCAGGACUUCGUCGAUCUGCAGCAUUGCGAUGCCAACACCCGGAGGCAGGUGCUGAACUUUAGUUUGCACGUAGCCGAGGGUCAAAUGGACUUGGCCUUUCGUUGCGUACGCUCCAUUCAGUCCAAGGUCAUCUGGACUAAUCUGGCUAAGAUGUGCGUGCACACAAAUCGCCUGGAUGUGGCCAAGGUGUGCAUGGGCCAUUUGGAGCAGGCCCGAUCGGUGCGCGCUCUGCGCCAGGCCAUGGAGGACGACGACCUCGAGCUGGAGGCUAAAGUUGCCGUGCUGGCCAUUGAGCUGGGCAUGAUUGAGGAGGCCAAGGAGCUAUACAAACGCUGCAAACGUCAUGAUCUACUCAACAAGUUGCUUCAGUCCACAGGUCAGCUGGAUGAGGCGCUUCAAGUGGCCGAAGUGGAUGAUCGAAUACAUCUGAAGCACACAUAUUACCAGAAGGCUCAGGCUCUACGCGAACGCGGCGACAUCAAGGGCGCACUGGAGUACUACGAGAAGACACAGAAUCCUGUGCAGAAUAUAACCCAGCUGUUGCUAGAGAAUCCCAUGGCCAUGCAGCGCUAUAUACAAACCACCACAGAUCCUAAGAUGCUGAAGUGGUGGGGUCAAUAUGUGGAGAGCUCUGGUGAUAUGGAUGCCGCUUUAGCUGUCUACAGCAAGGCCGAGGACUGGUUCUCCCAGGUGAAGAUUCUCUGUUACCUGGGCAAGAUCUCUAAGGCGGAUGCCAUAGCCAGACAGUCGGGUGAUCGUGCGGCAUGCUAUCAUCUGGGUAGGCACUAUGAGAAUGUAGGCAAAUUCCAGGAAGCGAUCAUGUUCUAUACACGUGCGCAGACCUUUAGCAAUGCCAUACGCAUCUGCAAGGAGAACGACUUUCAGGAGGAGCUCUGGACGGUGGCCAGCUCGUCGCGCAGCCGAGACAAGGCCAUUGCAGCGGCCUACUUCGAGGAGUGUGGAAAUUUCAAGUAUGCCGUAGAGCUCUAUCAUCGAGCGGGGAUGCUUCACAAGGCGCUAGAAAUGGCCUUCGAGUCGCAGCAGCCAGAGAUACUAGAGAUUAUAGCCACAGAGCUGAGCGCCGAGUCGGAUGCGGAGCUAAUCAAUCGCUGUGCGGAUUUCUUCUCCAGCAUCGAACAGUACCAGAAGGCGGUUCAAUUGCUGGCCAAGACAAAGCAUUUGGAGCGUGCAUUGAAUAUUUGCUUGGAAAAGGGUGUUCCGGUCACAGAGGAGCUGGCAGACAUGCUGACGCCCGGCAAAGGGGACUUCGAGGAGGACACACGUACGGGUAUCCUUGUACAGCUGGGCGAGCUGCUGCAGCAGCAAGGCGAUUAUCACAGCGCCACCAAGAAGUUUACACAGGCCGGAGACAAGGUGCGCGCCAUGAAAUCCCUCCUCAAGUCCGGCAACACCGACAAGAUAAUCUUCUUUGCGACCAUGUCACGUCAGCGUGAGAUCUACAUCAUGGCCGCUAACUAUCUGCAAGCUCUAGACUGGCAGAGCGACGGCAAUAUCCUCAAGCACAUCAUCAGCUUCUAUGGCAAGGCACAGGCAUACGAUUCGUUGGCCAACUUCUAUGCGAUUUGCGCACAGAUUGAGAUCGAGGAGUAUCAGGACUAUGAGAAAGCACUGACAGCCAUGCAGGAGGCAUCCAAGUGUCUAGAGAAGCUUAGCCAUGCUCAGCACGCCUACAACAAUCUUCAGCGCACCGUUGCAGAUGUGAAGACCAUUCUGGAGAUGCAGCAGGCACUGCGUGCCGGCGAUAAUCUAGCCGUAAUUGGAGCUUGUCGCAGCAUGUUGAUGAAGCCGGAGCAGCCGCCCAUACGUCACUCGCACAUAUUGUCGAUGUUAGUGCGCGCCUUGGUCUAUGCCAAGCAGUUUCCCGAGGCAGGACGAGCUCUGAAAGAACUCGCCGUCAAGGACAACUCGUGGAGCGCCUCUGGCUUAGUGGACAGAGCACUGGUGCAGCGAGUGGCCAAGGAAUGUGAUUUAGAUUUUGAGCUCAUUUGGAAUUCGGGACGUCAAGUAACCGCCUCGACAACAGCAACAGCAGCCACCACGAUUUCAAUGACAACAACAAACACCACUUCAAACAGCGAUGACGAGGCUGAUGACGAGGAAAUCAGAGAAGAGCUGCACUGAACUAGCUACAUUCAGAGUUAGCAACGAUUCAGAGUUUCCUAUGAGUAAUGGUAGUAAGCUACGAUUAUCUAUAUAUACAUAUAUAUAACAAUAAUCUAUAAAUAUCUUAUCGUACAGCCAACCCAAUACUAUCAGCAAAUAGAUUGUAUUAGUACU